ACUUCUUCCAGUUCUUUGUUUUGCACAUGAUCUGAUGUUCAUGUGAUUACAUUUGAAGUGCAGUUUGGCAAAAGAGAUAAAAGUAUUUGUUCAGACUGAAAGGCUCCAAUAAUGAAGAUCUGCAGCUCAGACUGGAAGCUCUCUGCUCUCGUUGUAAUCCUGACGAUCAACAGCUUCCGUGCUUUUUCACAAAGUAAAAUUCCCCAUGAGAUUCACUAUGUUGUGGGCUGCUUCUACAAUGGGACAACUGAAGUUCAGUACGAGUUUGACGCUGAGGAGGUUUUAUAUGUGGAUUUUGACAGAGAAGAGCUUGUUUACACUGUGCCCAGAUUUAUGACGGAUGACCCGAGUAAACUAUUUGAGAAUAUAAAAGUAUUUGUAAAUGCAGAGAAAAACAAGAAGGCGUGUCUAGCAGUGAACUCUCUCGCCAAAUUUGAGGAGAGAAAUCUAACGGAGGAAACAGACGCCCCUGAGAGCAUCCUCUACCCUUCAGAAGAAGUUAAGUUGGGAGUUGAAAACACCCUCAUCUGCUUUGUGAAUCAUUUCUACCCACCUCACAUCUACGUCAACUGGACCAGAAAUGAUCGUCCGGUGUCGGAGGGGGUGUCACUCAGUCGAUAUUAUCCCAAUAAUGAUCAAACCUUCCACCAGUUCUCUACCCUGACAUUCACACCGAUGGAGGGGGACAUUUACAGCUGCACCGUGGAGCACAUGGCCCUGGACAGGCCUUUAACAAGGAUCUGGGAAGCUGAGUUUAGUCAUCGCAGUCUUGGACCAGAUGUUUACUGUGGAGUGGGCCUGACUCUGGGCUUGUUGGGUGUCGCAGUGGGAACAUUUUUAAUGGUUAAGGGUCACCAUAGACAGUAAUUUCUCUGUUAUAGAGAGAUUAUACACAGGAGACCUUUAUAAAUAAAAAUGACAUAGUUCUCUUCUUGUUGCUAGACCAGCCUUUUGUUUCAUAUGUAGUACACAGUGAUGGGGACGAUAUUUAUCUCCUGUAAUGAAUCACAAAGCACGGUGAUAAAUUGCAUCAAGUUGUUUUAAGGAAUGAGAAUAAAGAAUAUCUCUAACAGA